AGCUGGAACGUUUUUUUUGCCAUUGGGAUUAUACCAUACUAAAUGGGUAAUAAAAAACAGUUUGGACAAUCAAAUAGGUUUGUUUGAGCACAUGAUUAAAGAAGCAGGGGGUACAAACAAUUCCGAUGGUUUUUGA